GUGUCAAUCUCACUCGACAACGAGAAGUUGACAUUCUUGAUGAGACUGUCAAUGUGUUUGUCAUUGAUAACCCCAGUUCAGUCUACAUCCCUGCUGAUGCUCCACUAGCAACCCCUGAUCCACCUGAUCAUCUAAGUCAAUAUUCAAUGAUACCAGGAUCUGACUAUGCUCAGCAGAUAAUAGCUGUAAAUGCCACUGAUGAUUUUCUGAUUCAUGAAUUUAGAAAAAUCAUCUGUUACAAUCAGACUAUAUAUGAUGAUCUUCGUUUGGAGAUGAAUGAAUAUGCAGGCCUCACAUUGGGAGUAGAAUAUAAUCAACAGACUACAGUUUUGACGUUUGUAAAGGAUGUGUAUGACCAGUCCUCUAUUUUAAUCCUGGACAAUGACAGUGAGCUGUAACCAACUACUUACUAAGUAUUAUACAUUCCAAUUUAUCAAUCUUGCAGGGGCCAUAGUUGGUCUGGAACAGACAUCAAUGAGUGUUUCAGAAGAUGUUGGUGUUGUUGAAUUGUGUGCCGUUGUAUUAUUCCCUCCUAUUUCAUGUCCAAUUUCAUUUCCCUUUGAAGUUAGACUCUCCACUACUGCUGGAACUGCAGAUGAAACAGAUUAUUCGGCAGUUAAUACAAUUAUGACUUUUAAUGCUUGUGAGUUUCGAAAAUGUGUGGGUGUCAGAAUAAUCGACGAUGGUCGUAUGUGAGGAGAAUGAGUUUUUCACCUACCAUCUGGUAAGAACUGCAAACUUGGAUUCCAGGAUUGAAUUAGACCCAGUUGAUGGAAGGAGUGUGAUAACCACUAAUACUGGUACUAGAGAUUUCUUGUGUACUGCUAGAGGUGUUCCUGAAGUUACGGUGAUUGACUGCACUGGUAAUCAACCUGGGUCUUCUUUGCUGUGUUCUUUUAAUGGAGGACAGUUUCACUCGUGCAAUGUACCUAUGGUACUGAGUAUAAUUGUCAGUCCUCCUGGUAAUCAUUCUGUGAGGAUUUUAAGCAGCACUAGAGAAGAAAGGACUGUAUCAUAUAGCAUCACUACUGCUGAUCCAGUUACUGCAUUCUUACCACACUUGGAGGUCAUUCUAACUGGUGAUUCACCUCGUGUGACUGAGAGCUCUGUGGAGGCAGAGUUUGUAACCACCAGACCAGUGACUGGAGUGAGGUGCUUCCUCAGAUAUGAGAACAAAAAUGACUACAAAGACUGUUCUUCUGGCAGAGUGUCCUUUACUGACCUGAGCCCUGGAGAGUACGUUCUGAAGAUUUAUGCCUAUAAUCAGCAAAGUGACAGUGCCACUGCUAAGAUAGUGGUCACAAUCUAACUGGAGUGUAUAUAGUGAACCUAGACUAGUGUAGUGAACUUAGACUAGUGUAGUGAACCUAGACUAGUGUAGUGAACCUAGACUAGUGGAAACUGUAGGCUUACUAUCCUAACGUAAAUGUGUGUUUAUA